AGAUCAUGGACUGGAUCGAUAUGGAUCGUGGUGGGUUCUUGUAGUAAAUCUUUGGGUUCCAUGAAAUGCAUGGAAUUUCUCGACUAGUUCAGGGACUGUCGGCUUCUGAAUCGGGACUCUGUUUCAUUAAAUGUGUACAGCGGAAGACAAAUCAAUUGUAAAAACGUACGUAAUUUUCAAGUUAAUUUUCUUUACGGUUGUGUCGUGUAUUUGGAUUGCCACGAGAAUAUGAAAUCUUAAAAAAAAAGCAGCCUACGCACCGAACAAACAUGGUUUUCCCCAAACCCUCUCUGUUCUUUUCUAGAAGUAUAAAUCUGAAUAUGUACUUACAAAAAUAUUGUUUUGUUUCAAGACCAUUAGACUUCCUUCCGGCUUCAUCCGGAAACCAAGGGAAAUAUUUCUUAAGCGUUCUGGCGAUUACGGAAUAAAACGGAUGACACGCGAGCAGUUACGAGGGUCGACGAAUUCCUGAAUCCUCGAGAGAACCGAGAAUUGAGCAGCGAAAUAUUUUCCAUUGAUAUCUGAUUAUUUAUCGUUUCAGCGGGGAAUCCCACAGUCGCCUACGACGUGGCCAUUAACCCCGAGUUCUACAAGAAAACAGAAAAUAGUAAAUUAUUUCUCACUUUUCUACUUACUGUCGUCAUGGAAGGAUUAAUGGACAAGUACGGUCUUCAUCUUGCAACAGAAGAUUAUGUAAUUUUGAAGAACCGGAAGGUAAUGGGUUGUCUCCUGCCUCAUCGCGUGAGGCAGACAGGAUCAAGGAAGCCGGCGGGCCCCCUCAUCCAGGAGAUGACACCUCCCGUACACACGUCCAGUCGUCAGCCGCGGUACAGGAUCCGACGGGAACCGCCUCGAUCCGAGCCCCCUGAAUAUUUGGUGGCAGAGUUCUUUAUGAAGGACGUGACAAAUAGCCGCGACGUAACGCUGGACGUCGGAGAAGACAGAAUUGUACUGGACAGUCCCGGACGCGUCGGCCAGCAGGGCUACCAACUUGAUGCGUUCAUACCGUACUCGGUAGACCAGGACAAGUGCUCGGCAAGCUUCAACACCGAUACCAAGAUCCUGACUCUUAAGAUGGCAGUCAUUUCUGAAAGCUAGAAAGUUUCAGCGCGAGAUUAUUAAUUUCUGUCGUAUUUUCCUUUUAUAUUUCUCGGACUUAAGUGAAGUCCUCAUGUGAUGACAAUUUUUUUUUUUUGUAUUUGUUAAUAAAGACGUACAAGUAA